AUGUAUCGGGCUUUUAACGGUAUUUAUAAAUUAAGUUUAAGAAAGAAAAUGUUUGAAUCGUCAAAAAUGUAUUACGGUAGUAAAAAAAAAAAAAUUAAAAAAAAAGCCGCCAUUGUUUUAUCCGGAUCUGGAAUGAUGGACGGUACUGAAAUUCACGAAGCAUCAGCAUGUGCCGUACAUUUAAGUAGACUCGAUAUACAACCAAAAUUUUUUUCAGUACCAUGUCCCCAAACGGAUGUUAUCGAUCAUUACAAGUUAAGUCCAACGAACGAAAUGCGUAACGCUCUUGUUGAAUCCGCACGUAUAGCACGUGGUAAAAUAUGUUCGAUAAAUAGUUUGACAUCGGACGAAGCAGACGUUCUUAUAUUUCCAGGAGGAUUUGGAGUUGCCAAAACUCUUACGACAUUUGACAAAGAUGGUGCCAAUUGUGGGGUGAACGAAGAAGUCGUGAGAGUUGUAAACGAAUUUUGCGCGUGUCGUAAACCCAUGGCUUUCACGUGUAUAGCAGCCAUAUUACCUGCAAGAAUAUUUCCAGGUGUUAAAGUAACAUUAGGUAAAAAAGGAGAUCCUAAAAAAUGGCCGCACAGUGAGGCCAUAGAUACCGUGUCGGAUAUGGGUGCUGUCGUCGAAGUUAAAAAUGUCGAUUCUUUCACAUUCGACAAACAAUUUCUCGUUUUCACCACCCCUGCUUUCAUGUACGAGGGUACAUUUUAUCAAAUAUUCGAAGGAAUUGGUAACAUGAUCGAAGCCCUACAAAAAAUAAUGCCUUAA